AUGAAGUUCAAUAUCAGUUCAUUGAUGGCUGGAAAAAAAUGCAGAUUACUGCAAUAUAUGGCAGGCAUAGGAGCAAACAUAGGUGUAAUCAGCACCUAUAUGCACUACGGCUGGACUUCACCUUACAUACCAGUUCUCCAAAGUGGUAACUAUACUUUCGAAAUAACAAGCGAUGAAGCAUCAUGGUUGACUGUCGUGAUACUAGCUGGAGCUAUACUUGGAGCCAUAGUAUCAAGCUUUGCAGUUAAGUUUCUUGGCCAGAAAUUCCUGAUAGUGUUUUCAUCAAUACCUCUAUUUAUUUCCUGGAUAUCGAUUGCCGUAGCUAGAUCAAUCGUCCUCUUGUUCAUUGGAAGAUUUUUGGCAGGCUUUGCCGAUGGCCUUUUCUUCACGAUAGUACCUAUGUACCUCUCGGAAAUAGCAGAUCCUGACAUAAGAGGAAUACUGUCCUCACUAUUUCCAGUCUUCUCAGUUGUUGGAUUGCUUCUGAUGAGCAUACUUGGAGCCUAUUUACCGAUCGAUACUGUUGGUUACAUUGGAACACUGUUGCCCAUCCUACUAUUCUUAACAUUUUCCUGGAUGCCUGAAAGUCCUUACUACUUUGUGUCCAAAGGUGAAAUAGAAGAUGCCAGAAGAAGUCUGCAGAAGCUUCGCGCGAAAGAUGAUGUUAAUGAAGAAUUAGAGAGGAUUUCUGAAGGGAUGAGGCAACAGAACGACAACAAGAGUUCUGCAUUCGACUUGGUAUUGGUCAAGAGUAAUAGAAGAGCGCUGAUUAUUACACUAGGCUUGAGAGGAAUACAACAAUUGAGUGGUGCCCCUGUCAUAAUUUUCUACUGUGAAACCAUAUUUCAAGAAUCAGGAGGAGCUAUAUCGUCUGAAGUAGCAGCCAUGAUAUAUUUCUCUGUUCAACUCCUGUCUGCUGCAAUUUCAUCAUAUAUUGUUGAUACAACAGGAAGGCGGCCACUUCUGAUACUAUCAACAUUUGGAGCCUCACUGGCUCUAUUCGUCCUAGCAUCAUAUUUUUACAUGAAGAUCAAUAUAGGAGUCGAUAUUACUCAAUUUAGCUAUGUUCCAGUGAUUGCUUUAUUAUGUUUUGUUAUAGUAUAUAGUAUUGGAUUACAAAAUAUUCCACUCGUUAUGAUGGGUGAAAUUUUCGCGACUAACGUCAAAGCCACUGCACUUGGUUUGAUGGAUAUUUACUAUGGAAUUUUAGUCACCCUUACAUCCAAAUUCUUCCACUGGACCAAUGAAGAAUAUGGAAUGCAUGUUCCAUUUCUCAUUUUUGCUAGUUGCUGUUUAAUCGGAGUGAUUUUCAUAGUUCUCUGUGUGCCUGAAACCAAAGGAAAAUCUCUAGAGGAGAUACAAAUACAACUCCGGGAUGGCAAACCAGUAGCGAAAGAAUUGGAUAUGGAACUGAGUUAG